GCCUUGAGGGAUGUUCGUCCAUUCAGUCAUUAAUAUUUCAACUGUGCAUGGAGGAUUGUGAUGACAACUGUGUCAAUCAAGUUCAUCCCAGAUAUGCUUAACAGGAUUGUGAUCAGAGGAUUGUGGUGCCUUACAUCUCGAUCAUGUGUGCACAAUUCUGACUUGGCAGCAAUUUGUAGCUGAAACAAAGGACUAAAAUGCCUUUUCUGUAUAAACAGUAUACUUGAUAGAAGUAUGCAGUUCCACUAAGCUUCUACUGCCAACAAUUUGAAGCAGUGAACUCAUGAAUAAUCUCUUUACAAACCUGGACUGCAUUCCAAGACCCCACCUACUGAGUGAAUCUCCAAAGAAAACACCACUAACAAAACAAAACACCACCUUAGCUGUAUAAGGCUAAGAUGGGAAAUGUGCGUCCGAAAAUGAAACAUUUCGUUGUUUUCGUAUUACGAACCUGCAGUCAGGAAUAUUUGCUGACAUUAACUUGUCUAAUGCCGUAUUCUUACAGUAGUUUGCAAAUGUAUUAGAACACCUCAAGAUUUGUCAUUUAUUUCCUUUAUAUACCUACCUGCAUGAAAACCUCUGGGUGUGAGAAUUUCAAUUUUGAGUCAGUAAUCAGUGAUAUAGAAACAAUAGGCACAUGUGUGAAAAUGUUAGACCGCUUUGUGCUUUAAUUAGGCAUCUAAAACCACUUCUAUAAAGUUUUGUGCAUUUUACCAUUUGUUGAUCUGUGUUCCUUUUCUCUUACUAUUUUAAAUGAAUUGCAUGUGUGGCCUAUUAAAGUCAUCAAUUAAAUUAGACAAUUACCGGUACUAAUUUUCCUAUUUUGACAAUGUUCCAAGAUUUUCAGUUACAGUGGUUUGAUUUCAUGUGCACACAAACCAAAACUACAGAAGCAGUCGGGUGUUCUAGUACAUUUGCACACUGCUGUAGGUUUAUUUCAUGUGUGUCGUAUCCUAUGUGGACCGGAGAUGGGGUUUGGUUCAGGGGAUGGGGGUUAUUAGGUUGAAAAUUGGUUCUCAGGGUCAGCGGUUGGCGGUGCCAGAACAAGAGAGGGAGCACCAACCAAAACUGGUUCUCUCUCUAACUUCCUUGCAAUAACUGGUCGAUGUGCGUAUGGUAUUCAAUAUUAGAGUUCAAUAUGAAAAUGUUUUUUUUUGUAUAUAUGGAUAGAGCUUUAAAUGUAUAUUAAAAAUAUCCUAAGCCAGUUAUAAUCAAUAUUAACUGGGAGUUUGGUAUAUCAAUAUUUUAUUCAUAACACACACAUCCUUUGUUCCAUGUAGAAGUGUAUAUAUAUAUAUAUAUUUCAUAAUAGUAUCAUAAUUUUAACAUAAUUUGGCAGUCCAUUUUGUAUUGGAAAAUAUUUCACCAAUCUUAUCAUGAGUCUUAUUUUUAGUGACUUGUUAAACCACAGACUUCCCCUUUCCACAGUAUAGCUGUCCUCCCUGCUUUCUUUCAGUCUCAUAGCUCUCAGUGUGUCUGUCAAGAGGACUCUGGGGGAUAGCUGUGCACCAUGAGGACCCUGCUGGCUCUAACUGUACUGCCGUGGCUCACCCUGAGCAGCACCACAGUCAAAAAUAUAACAGUUCCGCCAGAAACGGAUGUGGAUUUUAACUGUAAUGCGACAGCACUGCCUGUGAGAUGGAUAUGGUUCCCCAAACACUGCAAGUGUGCUGGGGAGAGCUGUAUGAAGGUCAUUUACACCAUCGAUAUGCAAGGAAACAAGGCAUCAGUACAGAGGUUUAAGAAGCGCUUAACACUGAGAGGAGAUCCGAGAGCUGGAGAGCAUGCUCUGGUUUUGAGUGAUGCUGUCAUGAGUGAUUCAGGGACCUAUUCCUGUACCGAUUCAAAAACAACUGUACAGCGUUAUGAACUAGAGGUUACUGCAGGGUGCUAUCACAAUGUUCAGAUCGAGAACAGAUCAGGCAAAGAUGCAGAAGGUGUCACAUUAUCUUGCUCCUCCUGUGCUGGCGGAAAGCAGAUAAAGAACUUGAAAUGGACCUUCAAUGGAAAGCCAGUCAGUGAUUUACAUGGCAUUAGACAGACAAGGAACGCAAUAACUAUAGAGAAAGUGACCGCUGAUGAUGAAGGGAAGUGGAUCUGUGCGUCUGUGGAUGACCCCUCUCAAUUCUCAGAGUAUUGCCUGGACUUGGGGUCAAAGACUGGACGGAAGAACAAUGAGAACAAAUAUCCGAAAGAUACAACACAGGCGACAGGACUGAAUAAAAGCGGAUUGACUGAUCCUUUGAAAGCAGUGAUAGUGGCGGUAGUGGUUCUUAUUGUGGUGCCGUCUGUGACUUCAGUGUGGCUGUACAGGAGGAAGAGAUCUCGCAGGUUGAACCAAAAUCUCACUGUUAAUUCAGCUCCAAACCGUGACUUUUCUCCCCCGGUGUCUGUAGGGACUGGUCAGGCAAUGACAGGCACUGCUACACAGGAUGAAGAUGAGGGUCAGUAUACCUCCCUGACUGUAAGGGAGUCUGCAAUCUACUGUGAUCUCAGAGUACAAUAGCGCCCUCUGCUGGAGACAGCAGUGGUGCGCAACAUGCAGCCACUUCAUAUGAGCCCAGCCUACAGCUCUGUCCAAAAGUUCUGCAUCACCCUAUAGAAUGAACUGCUUGUUAGUCUUAUAGUAUGAAACUGUUACCAUGACAACGUGCAGGUAUGAAUUCACCCAGAGUAUCUAAAUAAUUGGUAUUUACCUGUGAUAAUCUGAUAACCCAAACCUGUAACCCAACAGCAUUUACCAAGUCACUGUGGUGUGCACGGACUUCUUAAACUUAAGUGAUCUUUAAACCGAGGAGUUUUGAAUAGAGUUAUGAAAAUGAUCCUCUAAUGUGUUUGUGUGGUUUCUUUGUAAGAAGAGACCAGGUGGCCAACGCAUUGUGUAAAUAAAAUAAAUGUUUGUGUGCUCUGAA